AUGAAGAAAAACAGUUUGUGUGAUAAUAGCAAGUGCAACAAAACAACAAUCUUUCAAAAGUAGAUGGCACCUGUUAAAUGUUCGAAAUGCAAUAGCGGUACAUAUUGUUGUCAAGCAUGUUUGAAGGAAGAUGAAGAUCAUGUCUGCAAUUCAGAUCAUUUGGAUCUUGAUAAUACGACCCAGAUUAAUUCAUCUGUUAAUGAAACCCUCUUGUAAAUCCAAUAAAAGAAGAGAACUCUCGACGAUUACGAAUUCAUUAAUGGAGACAAAGGAAUGUUAGGAAGAGGAGCAUUUGGAGAAGUGAGAUUAGCUAUAGAUAUUGAAUUGCAAUAGGAAAUGGCUAUUAAGAUUUUAAAUAAGAAGAAAAUGCUUAGGAAUUGCAAUCUUCAACAACUAAAAAAUGAAAUCAAAUUAUAAAGGAGUCUAAACCAUCCAAACAUAAUCUAAUUAUAUCAUGCAUUUGAAGACAGAGAAAACAUAUACUUUGCCUUGGAAUAUGCUUCCAAUGGUUCCCUCUAUAAAUACUUGAGAAAACUUAAAGUCAUGCCUGAACCUGAGGCUUUUGUGUACUUUUUCUAAACUUGUCUAGCCGUAGAUUACUUACACAAGAAAAAUGUGAUUCAUAGAGAUUUAAAACCAGAGAAUAUCUUAUUGGAUGAGUAAGGCAAUGUAAAACUGUGUGAUUUUGGAUGGAGUGCUGAAAGCGUUGAGAUGAGAAGCACUUUUUGUGGAACAUUCGAUUACAUGGCACCUGAAAUGUUACACAAUAAACCUCAUGAUUAUAGAGUAGAUAUAUGGGCCUUAGGAAUAUUGCUAUAUGAACUUCUCCAUGGAAAUGCACCUUUUACCAAAGCUCAUUUCGCCAAAGAAAACAUUUCAAAUCUAACCAUCAAAUUCUCAUAGUCUGUAAGUUCUUAAGCUAAAAAUCUAAUUACUUCCAUAUUAUAACAUGAUCCAAAAAAGAGAAUGAGUAUGGAUUAAAUAUUCGCACAUCAAUGGCUGAAAUCUAAUUCUGAAGAAUUUGGAAUGGACAUUGGUGAGUAUAUAUAUGUUCCAAAAUCAUAAAGAAUGAAUGACUCCUCCAUCAAUCAAACAUUCGAACAAUCAAAAUAGUUAAAUGAAUCCAAACUUAAACAACCCAAUCCAAAUAGAAGUUCAAUUAAAAAACCAGAUUUCUUGAACAGUUCAUAAUAACAACCAUCAUAAAAAUAGGAAGUCUAAAAAGUUUAAUAAAAUUAUUAAGAAAAUAAAAAAACAGCCAAUAGUUCCUUUCACCAAGCGAACAAUCAAUCACAUAUCUCAAAAAUCUCUGAGAAUUUGCAAGAUUCAGCAAGAUCUUCCUCAGAUUGCUCAGAUAUCUAGAGUAGAGCAUCUAAUAUUAGAUAGUCAUUUGCCAAAGACCUAUCUAAGAAAGGAUUAAGCUAAAAUAAUAAUAGUUUCCACGCAUAAGAAAACAAACACUUAUUUACAAACGAUGCAAGCAUCCUAAAUUAAGAGGAAAUUGAAAGACUCCUUAGAUAAUAAUUAAAAUAAGCCGAAACCAAAUCAGAUGACAUCAAACUAUCAUUAAAUUCAUUCCAAAAUGUCUAAUCAAAUCAAUAGUAAAAUAAGUCUCUCUCUUCCAUUUUGGUUGAAGACAAUAAAAACUUUAGUCAAUAAUUAUAUUCUAAUUAAGGCAGCACUCUCAAAUAGAGACAUGUUUAAUUCUUAUCGCCUAAAGAAAGCAUGAAUGAAUCAUCUUAAAAGACUCAAUAAUAAGUAGAAGAAUCUCCAUAUUUUAAUCCUACCUAAGUAAGGGAAUCAAUUGCUGACGAUGAAGUCAAAGAAAAAUUCAGUUUUGGUAGCCUUUCAAACUCUAAACAUGAUUAGAAUUAACAAGAAAUAUCACAACCUGAAGAGUAAUAAGGAUUUAAUAAAAAGGAUAAAGUAUUGAAAGAAACUAGAUUGUCUAAAUUAUCUGUAAUAGAAUCGGAUGAGAGUGAAUGCAAAAGUGAUGGAGAUGAUUAAAGGAAUUAUCAACUUUAAUAAAUAACCUAGGCUGUUCGCUCCUACUCUGCUAAUACCGUGUAACCUAAAGAUACCAGCAAUUCAAGAAUUCCUUAAGAAAUUGAAUUAUAAUCACAAUUUUUGUACCAAAAUAAUGUGCUUUAGGAUACUAAAUCACAGACUUCAAAAACAUCAAAGAAAUCUAAAUUAUCUAAAUAGUCAAAACUAUCAACCAACACCAAGGUUAGUUCUGAAUAAAGUAGAGCACAAUAAUAGUUAAUUAUGUAAAAGAAGAAAUAUUCACAGAAUAUGGUUGAUUAUAGAAAUUUUAAUAUGAAGGAGAUUUCUAAGGAAGACAGAAAUAGAUAUUAAGAUUAUAAGGAUUCUACCAAGCAAUUGGAAAUUAGAUCUAGAGAGCUUCAAGCGUUAUCUCUAUUCUUAGGAUAAUUAAUUUGCUUAAAGAAGAAGCAUUAAGUAAAAUAAUGCCACCAAAGAGGAAUUGGGCUUUUUUGGAAAAAUACAAUUGGCAUUUGGUUGUUUAGGAUAAAGAUGAACGUCGCUUUUGAAUAUAUUAAUUAUUUUUAUUAAAUGGAUGAAUACUAAGUAUUUUUUAGGCUAAAUGUCUUGAAAAACAAAAACAAAAAAUCGAUAUCUCCAGAGAGGAAAUGA